AUAUGACUCCAUUACCCAACGUAUCUGCGUCAUAUUCCGCAGCACAGACAUCUCCCCCCGCCGCCUCUUCAUAUCCUUCCCGGCUCCCCAGCUCCUGCCUAUACUACCCAACAGUGCCCCCUCCCUGUACUCACCCUGCUGUGCCCAUCUGAUAGCCACAUCGUUCUCACCUAGUGGCCUAAUAAUAAUCUACUACUACUGCCCACACUAUAUAUUCCUUAUAUCCUUACUGUGCCCCCAUAAUAAGGCGGGCAGUGUACAGGUGGGUACACUACCCACCUUAUACAUUCCUACUGCCCGCCCCAUAAUGCCCUCUGCACACUGCCCACCUUAAACAUUCAUACUGCCCACCUUAUACAUUCUUGCUGCUCACCCCAUAAUGCCUCCUGCAAAAUGCCCACCUUAUACAUCCUCACCUCCCACCCCAUCUCCCCAUAAUGCCCCCUACACACUGCCUGCCUUAUACAUCCCUGCUACUUGCUACUUUUUAAAGUGAUGGUCGUCGUCCUUCCAUUAUUAUCCACAAGUUAAUGGUUUAACCAUCGAUGGCAGAACAGGCAGAAAUGCAUUCAUUUUCCUUUCCGGCAUGAGGGUAUGUCAUGGUGUCAACUCAGUCCUGCCUUCAUUUUUGAUUGGCUCAUAGGUUAGGCCUGACAAUUUGGUUCCCCCCCUACCCAACUGGCCCACAAUAGAAUGUCUCUGAGAUGGAACAAAGCUAUACCCUACCCCCUUCUUUGAUUGGCAGGGAUGACCAACGAUGGUUUGCACCCGGGGCCUAUUUCAUGUUUGUACGCAAUGACUAUGUUUUUGCGACGGAGCGAUUAUCUAUGUAGGCGCCUGAGAUCGCAUUGCGCAUGCACUAAGGAACCAUUGCGAACACAGUGAGGACUUAGUCGCAAAGUGAUUGACAGGAAGGAACCAUUUGGAGGUGUUUAUGGGUAGUGGUCGGGAAAAUGCAGACGUGUCAUGGCCGUUUUCAGGGCUUAUAUAUCUGCUGACGGCUGCGAGCUCGUAUGUGCAGAAACAUGGCUCUGAGUCGCUACUGCUGUAUCCAUUCUGUGUCGUCACUGAUCAACACAUAGCCCCAAUGAUACUAGUUUUUGCAUAUAGAAUGUGAAUAUGUACACAGCUGCAAUCGCUUCAGUGGGCGUCUCUUUUCAUUUAUGGCCGGCAGCUUCACUUCCUAACAUUAGCAGCCCCGUAACCUACAAAAUUGCAAUUCCAAAAUGCAAUUUAUUUCAUACAAACAUGAAUCAGGCCCCCAGUGUGGUUAAAAGCCGUAUCCAUACUAAAUAGAGAGAGAAAGCUAUUUUCUCUGACGUCCUAGUGCAGUGAUUUUCAACCUUUUUUUACUCUUGGCACACCGAAAAAUAUUUUAAAAUUGCCAAGGCACACCAUCAGUUCCCCACAGAGAAAAAAACAAAAAACACACAUUGGCACUCAUAGUAAAAAAUAUCCACACAUACAUUGGCCUACACAGGAAAAACAAUCAUAUUGCUCCCUACAUAAAUCCUAUUGCUCCCCACAUGCAUUAUUCACAUUGUUCCCCCCAUAAAUCCUUAUUCUCCCCACCAGGGGUUAAAGUGGGCCGGAACGGGGCGGAACUGCGUUCCGUCACCUCCUUCUGGAGGCGGAACCGUUCCGCCUCCGCCAUCCCACCUUCCCCUGGUUAUACCCGAACAGAUUCUGCAGAUGAGCCGCGCUGCAUGUCUAAAUAGAUGAGGGAGGCGGGCGGCACUACAGUCACAUGGCCCGCCUCCCCCCUCCUACGGCAAGCUGGGAAUGAGACGCGGUGACAUCAUGGAGCGACGUCUGCCUCAUUCCCAGCAGCGCACCGCACACACCGCACAGGAGCAGAGGAGCUGCUGCUGGACUUGAAAGAAUGCCGUCGCUGUGCAGAUUUGGAGGGGGCACAGAGAUAGGAGCACCCAGACAGCCCCUACCUUACACGCAGCUGCACCUACUCUGUUCUGGAUGUGGGAGGUGCACACAGCAACCCACAGGAACCAUUGUCGCACUACCCAGGUCACGGUUUUUGAAUCAGCCCCAUACUACAGCAUAGAGACAGAAACGUCCAGUCAUGAAGCAGUGAAAAGUGUGGAGAAGUGAGCCAGUGGAGAAGUUGCCCAUGGCAACCAAUCAGCAUUGAGGAGGGGGAGUAUAUAGAGGAACACAAGGAUCUGUACAAGGACGUGAUAAUGGAAAAUCACCAGACACUCCCAUCACUGGAUGGACCCAGUAACAGAGAUACCCCAGAGAGAUGUCCCCGUCCAUUUUAUUCCCAGGAAUAUACAGAGGAGAAACACAGGACCCCACAGGAGAAUCAGUGUGAAGAUCUGACCAGUAUUAAGGUAGAAGACAUAAAGGGAGAAGAGACAUAUGUGAUUGAUAUAAAGGGGGGAAGAGAGACGAAUGUGACUAAUAAUAAGUCAGAAGAUACAUUGGAAGAAGAAGAGACAGACAUGAAUGAUAGUAAGGUGGAAAAUACAGAGGGAGAUGAAGUGACUUAUGUGACUGAUAUGAAGAAAGAAGACGUAGAAGGACAAGAAUCUCAUUUGACUGAUAUGAAGGUUCUACAUAUAGAGAGAGAAGAGACAUGUUUGACUGGUAUGAAGGUGGAAGGAGAAGAGAUGUAUGUGAGUGGUGACCAGCAGUGUAAGGAGGAGGAAAUCCCUACAGAUAUCAGCACAGCUCAUGGAUAUAGCAACAAGAAUGUCUCUGAGGAAUGUUUCAUGUUAUCUCCAGGUUGUGAAAUAGAAGGAAGCAACAUCACACAAGAUUCUCCAAAAGAAAGCCCAACUAUACAUCCAGUACCUCAAAUUGCAGAUGUGUCAUCUGAUCCCUCAAAUCAUGGGGAAUGUGAUAGCUUGCAUAUUGGAACUUAUUGUACAGCAUCUAAAGUAGAUAAAAUAUUUCCCUAUUCUUUAGAUACUAAAUGUUUUACACAGAGCACAAAGCUUAUUACCCAUCUGCCAGCUAAGGCAGUUGAGAAGCCAUUUCCAUGUUCUGAGUGUGGGAAAUGUUUUACACGCAUAUCAGCUCUUGUUAUACAUGAGAGAAUACAUACAGGUGAGAGACCAUUUCCAUGUUCUGAGUGUAGGAAAUCUUUUACACAGAAAUCUCAUCUUGUUAGGCAUCAGAUACAUCACACAGGUGAGAAAUCGUUCCCGUGCUCUAAGGGAGGGAUAGGUUUUAGAAACAAGUCAUAUUUUGUUACACAUAAGAGACAUCACACAGGUGAGAAACUUUUUCCAUGUUCUGAGUGUGGGAAGUAUUUUACACAGAAAUCAGAUCUUGUUAGACAUCAACGACAUCACACAGGUGAAAAACCGUUUCCAUGCUCUGAAUGUGGGAAAUGCUUUACACAGAAAUCAGCUCUUGUUACACAUCAGAAACGUCACACGGGUGAGAAGCCAUUUCCAUGUUCUGAGUGUGGGAAAUGUUUUACAGAGAACGCAGAUCUUGUUAAACAUCAGAGAAGUCACACAGGUGAGAAGCCAUUUCCAUGCUCUGAGUGUGAGAAAUGUUUUAGAAACAAAUCACGUCUUGUUUCACAUCAGAGAAGUCACACAGGUGAGAAGACAUUUCCAUGUUCUGAGUGUGAGAAAUGUUUUACACAUAAAUCAGAUCUUGUUAGACAUCAGAGACAUCACACUGGUGAAAAGCCAUUUCCAUGUUCUGAGUGUGGGAGAUGUUUUGCACAGAAAUCAGAUCUUCUUAGACAUCAGAGACAUCACACAGGUAUAAAACCAUUUCCUUGCUCUGAUUGUGGGAAAUGUUUUACAGAGAAAUUAGCUCUUGUUACACAUCAGAGAAGUCACACAGAUGAGAGACCAUUUCCAUGUUCUCGGUGUGGGAAAUGUUUUAGACAGCAAUCAGCUCUUGUUACACAUGAGAAAUAUCACGCAGGUGAGAAGCCAUUUUCAUGUUCUGAGUGUGGGAAAUGUUUUACACAGAAAUCAGAUCUUGUUACACAUCAGAGAAGUCAUACAGGUGAGAAGCCAUUUCCAUGUUCUGAGUGUGGGAAAUGUUUUAGAAACACAUCAAGUCUUGUUAUACAUCAGAGAAGUCAUACUGGUGAAAAGCCUUUUCCAUGCUCUGAGUGUGGGAAAUGUUUUACACAUAAAUCACAUCUUGUUAGACAUCAGAGAAGUCACACAGGUGAGAAGCCAUUUCUAUGUCCUGAUUGUGGGAAAUGUUUUACUCAGAAAUCAGAUCUUGUUAGACAUCAGAGACAUCACAAGUGAGAAGGAAAGUUUCAUGUUUUCUGUGUGAGAACUGUUUUAAGGCCCAUACACACUGGGUGGUUUUGAGCUGAAAGCAGCUCACUUUUGGUGUUUUGAGCUGCUUUCAGAUCAAAACUGCCCCAGUGCUGAGCGCUCAUGCGCGCCCCCGCUUCAUCGCCGGCAGGGGGGGGAAAAUCGCUCAUUGUGUAUGCACUGAGCAAUUUUCAUGACAGCGAUCAUCACUAUGCAUACACGCUAGGCAAAAACGCCCAUUGUGUAUGCACCUUUACGCCUAAAAUAAUUCUGAUUUCACAUCUGAAAUUCACAGGAGAAAGCAAUGUCCAUGGACUGGUAGACUUGAAACAGGGUUGUACCAAUAUUCCAGAUGUUCCAAGUGUGAAAAAUGUUCUGUAAUGAAUGUUGCAUACAUAAAUCAAAUUUUGUUACACAUCGGAGAACUCGCAUAGGUAAGAUACCAGUUCCAUGUUCUGAAUAUAGACCUUUUUUUUGUUUUGUUUAUUAAAAAGUGUAAUCUUGUUGAACACCAAUAUACAUGAAACAUAGUUAUUUAUAUAAAUAUUGAGAUAUGUAAAGAAUUGAUUGUCUUUCAGUUUAGACCACAUUCUGUUUAUAUGGACUUAUUUAUAAAUUGACGUGCAUUUUUUCUCGUGUAUAACAGUUGCAAGCCAGAAAAUCUGGGUCAUUCCAUGUGACUAACGUUACAUUUCAUGUUAUUUAUUUUUUUAAGUUGAAAUGCACCACACACAAAAAUGAAGUUGAAAUUUAACAUUUUAAAAAUAUCACCAUAAUAUAUGGAGAAGGCAGUCAUAUGACUAUAAUAUGUGGGGAAGACAGUCAUCAUUAAUGCUUAGAUGCAGAAAAAAAAUGUACACUCUUAGUAGUUAACUUAUAUUGUUAUAUUGUUUAUAUGCGUGACUCAUGUUACAUCAGAAUGGACAUGGGAACUAAGGGGACUUAUUAUUAUUAAACCUUUUCUCCUAAUUCUUUUUACAAUAUGAUUGUUAUACUAUACAUUUAUAAGACCCUAAAAUUAUUAUUGACACACAAAGUACUGAAUGUUAACUAAACUAUACUUAAACUCAAUUUUGACAUGUGACUUUACAUUUCUGUUCCCAUUCAAAGGGCUCUGAGACAAAUGACUCAGACCUUUAGAAUUUACGUGAAUUAAUCAAUGCAAGUCUGUUUAUCAUUUUUAACUGUAAAGAUGUAUCAAAUAUUUAAUUUGAUGAUGAUGAUGAUGAUGGGCAUAAAAAAUACAUUUACAAAA